AGGACUUGUCAUAUACAAAGUCGACAAUUGCAAAGGAAUCCACUGUAACUGAGCCCACACAAGUGAAGGUCCUGGGUAUGGCAUGGGACACUGCUGAAGAUACGUUUUUGUUCCAUUUGGAGGAACUGGUCGAGUACGCAAAAUCACUUCCG